GAAUUUAGUUUGGGAUGAAAGACCCCAGCUUAGCAGCAGUAACGCCAUUUUACAAGGCUGUACUUAAGAUGACUGGUUCAGAGAAAGGUUAGAACACUGAGUACACAGCGGCUGCCAAGCAAGAUGUGUUUGGUUGAAGGCCUGGCAACAGGACGACUGCAGUUGAGCACCUGACAAUGAAAAAAAGCCCCGGGAGAGGUCCCACACCCUGGUGGGGGGCCGAGUCAGUCGUUAUGUUCCAAGAAGGUAGCUAAGAAACUUGCCCCCGGGCUGAACCCUUGGGGGGGCCAAGUCAGUCGUUAUGUUUCAGGAAGGUAGCUAGGAAACUUGCCCCCGGGCUAAACCCUUGCCAUAUUAGAAUCCACCAAUUAUAUCCCUGUAACCAUGCAUCUGCUUCUGUAUGCUUGCUUCUGCUCCCCAAAAUCCUAUAAAAGCCCAUCCUUGGUUCCGUGGGGCGCGCCAGUCCCCCGAGUGACUGAAGCGCCCGCAGGUGCCUGUGCCUGUGUAUCCCGACAAUAAACCAAAUCCUCUUGCUGAUUGCAUCCUGUGGUGUCUCGGUCUGGUCUUUGGAGUUGGAGGGUCUCCAUCCCGAGGGAAAGUUCUCCCUGAGAGCUUUUCAUUUGGUGCAUUGGCCGGGAAAGGAGAUCCUCCACCCAGGGACCACCGACCACCCACUGGGAGGUAAGCCGGCCGGCGUCUGUCUGUCUGUCUGAUUUUGUCUCGUUCUGCCUUAUUCUGUCUGUUCUGUGAGCGCUCAGCCAGGUCUGUUCUGUGAGCGCUCAGCCAGGUCUGUUCUGUGAGCGCUCAGCCAGGUUGUUUGGAAUUUGGGCGGGACGAAGAAGGAGCUGACGAGCUCGGACUUCUCGCCCCGCAGCCCUGGAAGACGUUCCAAGGGUGCUAGGGGCCCGACUUUUCGGGCCCCAAUCUGGGAGAGGAGAAAGAUCCGGACUAACGGCACCUCUGUCUGUAUUUUUGGCUUUCAGAGGGCCCCGGACUUUUGCCACCUCUAUCUGACUUUUUGCUUUCAGUUUGGUACCAAAGCCGUGCAGCACGCCUGUCUGUUGUUUGUUUGACUGUUGGUGUUGUUUGUUUUCUCUGUGUUCUAAUCUUCCUUAGAACUAACAUGGGACAGUCCCUAACAACGCCCCUAAGUCUCACUCUUGAUCAUUGGAAAGACGUCCACGACCGGGCACACAACCAGUCCGUCGAGGUUAAAAAAGGAAAAUGGCAGACUCUCUGCACAUCCGAGUGGCCCACCUUCGGAGCCGGAUGGCCAGUGAAUGGCACAUUUAAUAAGAUCAUUAUUUUACAGGUUAAAGAUCGGGUCGUCCACGGACAUCCUGACCAGGUUCCUUAUAUUAUCACUUGGGAGAGUCUUGCCUUAUACCCCCCCCCUUGGGCGGAACCCUUCGUGGACCCGAAUUGGCCUCCCCUCAACCCCCAGCUUGUCCCCUCGGCCCCGCCCGGUUUGCUGGCCCCGUCUUCCUCUCUCUACCCCACUCUAAUUAAAUCAGAGCCUUCUAAGAAACCUGUCCUCCCGGCAGACUCAAACUCCCCUCUCAUAGAUCUUCUCUCUGAAGAUCCUCCUCCCCCAUAUCGUUUACCUACAGGCCCGGCUGAAACGGAGGAGGCAGAGCUGCCGGCCAGAUCAGUUGCCGGGCCACAGUCUGAUAAGGGUUUCUCCCCUGUCGCAGGGAGAUUGCGCAAUAAGCGCGAGGUGAUGCCAGAUACAACCUCCCAGGCUUUUCCACUUAGACAGGGAACCGGUGGCCAGACCCAAUACUGGCCGUUUUCAGCAGCUGACAUUUACAAUUGGAAACAACACAACCCUUCUUUCUCCAAAGAUCCGGUGGCACUCACCGACCUAAUAGAAUCUGUUUUACUUACCCACCAGCCUACUUGGGAUGACUGCCAACAGCUCUUACAGGCUCUCUUAACCUCAGAAGAAAAACAAAGAGUGUUCCUAGAGGCCAGAAAGCAUGUUCUGGGAGAUGAUGGGCGUCCCACCCAGCUGCCUGAGGAAAUUGAUGCUGCAUUCCCACUUAAGAGACCAAACUGGGAUUUUAAUACAGCCGAAGGUAAGGGACACCUACGCCUUUAUCGCCAGUUGCUUCUAGCGGGUCUCCGAGGGGCUAUACGACGCCCUACUAAUUUGGCUCAGGUAAAACAGGUAUUACAGGAAGCAGGGGAAACUCCCUCCGCCUUUCUAGAGAGACUUAAGGAGGCCUACCGUAUGUACACUCCCUAUGACCCAGAUGACCCAGGACAAAUGACGAGUGUCUCUAUGUCCUUCAUCUGGCAGGCUGCUCCAGAUAUCAGGACUAAGUUACAGAGGUUAGAAAAUUUACAGGGCUAUACAUUACAGGAUUUACUUAAAGAAGCUGAAAAGAUUUUUAAUAAGAGAGAGAUAAAAAAAAAAAAACAAAGAAUUGAGUCGAAUCUUGGCCGCCGUAGUUCAGGGCCAAGAAAAGAAGAGAGAUAGGGGGGAGCUCGAAAGGGGCUGAAGCUGGAUAAAGAUCAAUGUGCCUAUUACAAAGAGAAAGGGCACUGGGCCAGAGAGUGCCCCAAGAAGCCUGGCGGACCCCGAAAGCCUCGACCACGAACCUCCCUCUUGGCUCUAGAUAAAGAUUAGGGAGGUCAGGGCCAGGAGCCCCCCCUGAGCCCAGGGUAACGCUUAAAGUUGGGGGGCAGCUGGUUACUUUCCUGGUAGACACAGGAGCCCAGCAUUCAGUCCUCACCCAAGCUUCAGGACAACUCAGCGACCGGAUGGCCUGGGUACAAAGAGCUACUGGUGAGAAACAAUACCGAUGGACUACGGACCGCCGGGUUCAGCUGGCUACCGGUAAGGUGACCCAUUCCUUCUUACAUGUUCUGGACUGCCCGUACCCUCUGCUGGGCCGUGACCUGCUCACCAAACUAAAAGCACAAAUUCAUUUUGAAGAAAGAGGGGCCCAAAUAACUGGCCCCCACGGAACUCCCCUUCAAGUUCUAACCCUAUGAACCGGGACAGGACACUGGCUUGGGCAGAGACUGGUGGGAUGGGGUUGGCGCUCCAACAGCCCCCCUUAAUUACAACUCCAGUCUCCAUAAAACAAUACCCCCUGUCACAUGAAGCUUAUCAAGGUAUAAGGCCUCACAUUAUGAGGCUUCUGGAUCAAGGCAUCCUAGUCCCCUGCCGGUCGCCUUGGAAUACGCCUCUUCUGCCUGUUAAGAAACCCGGCACUGGAGAUUAUAGGCCAGUACAAGACUUGAGAAAGGUCAACAAGAGGAUAGAAGAUAUUCAUCCGACUGUUCCAAACCCUUACAAUUUGCUCAGUAACUGUUCAUCGAUGAGAAACAGGGGUAUGCUAAAGGGGUCCUAACACAAAGGUUGGGACUCUGAAAACGCCCUGUGGCCUACCUGUCUAAGAAAUUGGACCCUGUGGCCUCCGGCUGGCCACCGUGCCUAAAGAUGGUGGCUGCUAUUGCUGUCCUGAUCAAGGACGCUGGAAAAUUGACUUUGGGACAGCCACUCACCAUCCUAGCUCCCCACGCAGUGGAGGCCUUGGUAAAGCAGCCCCCAGACCGCUGGCUCUCUAAUUCUCACACCAAGCCUUGUUGCAGAACGGGUUCAGUUUGGGCCCGUAGUCGCCCUCAAUCCUGCCACCUUGCUUCCUCUACCAGAGGAGACAAAACACGGAUGACAACAGCUUCUUGGCAGAGGGAGAGCGAAAGGCUGGAGCUGCGGUCACUACGGAGGACAAAGUGAUUUGGGCGAAAGCCCUGCCUGCUGGUACCUCUGCACAACGGGCUGAACUCAUCGCCUUGACUCAGGCGCUCAAGAUGGCAAAAGGUAAGAGGCUAAAUAUAUAUACAGACAGCCGUUAUGCCUUUGCCACGGCACACAUCCACAGGGAGAUCUACCGGAGGCGGGGGCUGCUCACAUCUGAGGGUAAAAAUAAGGCUGAAAUUCUGGCCCUCUUAGAAGCCCUAUUCUUGCCCAAAAGACUGAGUAUUAUACAUUGUCCAGGACACCAAAAAGGGCACAACCCAGAGGCACGAAGAAACCGGCUGGCCGAUGCCACGGCGCGAGAAGCGGCCAUGAGCAAACAAAUCUUGACCUUAAAUAGCCCAGACCAACCCACGCCCCCACCAGUGGGACAAACUAGUUGGGUUUAUGCCCAUGAGGACAUAGAGCUCCUAAAAAAAUGGGGGCCAUCUACCACCCUCAACUAAAACAGUGGGUCUACAAAGGACUUUUGAAUUGAUCUCCUUUUUACAUAAGAAGAUAAAAACCUUACUAGAUUGGGAAGAGAUAAAUCUGUGUUUUUUUUUAAUUGGGACAAAGCGAUACAAAAGGUGACUGAGAGUUACAAAGCGUGCGCUCAGGUUAACCUGGGAAGGACCAUGAUUGGACAAGGAGUUCGUCCUAGGGGACACCGUCCCGACAUCCAUUGAGAAAUUGAUUUUACUGAAAUUAAACCAGGUAUAUAUGGAUACAAGUAUCUCCUAGUGUUUAUAGACACCUUCUCAGGAUGGGUCGAAGCCUUCCCCACAAAGCACGAGACUACAAAAAUGGUCACCAAGAAGCUCCUCGAGGAAAUCUUUCCCAGGUAUGACAUGCCUCAAGCGUUGGGGUCGGACAACGGGCCCGCUUUCAUCUCCCAAGUAAGUCAGUUGGUGGCCAAAUUGCUGGGGAUUGAUUGGAAAUUACAUUGUGCCUAUAGACCCCAGAGUUCAGGUCAGGUAGAACACAUGAAUAAAACAAUUAAGGAGACUUUAUCCAAACUUACGCUUGCAACUGGCUCAAAGGAUUGGGUGGCCCUCCUUCCCCUAGUUCUAUAUCGGGCCCGGAAUACCCCGGGCCCCCAUGGUCUAACUCCUUUUGAAAUAAUAUAUGGAACACCACCCCCAUUUGUCCAUUUCUUUGAUUCAAACAUUGCUGAUUUUGCUGACAGCCCUUCUCUGAGGGCCCAUUUACAGGCCCUACAGAUUGUGCAGAGAGACGUCUGGAGACCUUUGGCCGCUGCUUACCAGGACAAGCUUGAACAUCUGGUGGUGCCACACCCGUUCCAGAUUGGAGACACCGUGUGGGUGCGCAGACACCAGACCAAGAAUCUCGAGCCACGGUAGAAAGGACCCUACACCAUCCUCCUGACUACCCCGACCGCCCUAAAGGUAGACGGAGUCGCGGCUUAGAUCCACGCACCACACGUCAAGGCAGUCCGGUCUGAGGAAUUGACUAAUCACAACACUACACCCCAGACAUGGAGAGUUCAGUGUACUCCAAACCCCUUAAAGUUAAAACUCCUACGUGGCUCCUCCUAGCCCUUUUGUGGCUUAGAGUCAGUGGGGGAAUAAGCCCCCACCAGACAGAAAUUUAUUGACCAAGUCGAGUUGUCAAAGUUAACAAAAAAAAAAUGGGGGAAUGAAAGACCCCAGCUUAGCAGCAGUAACGCCAUUUUACAAGGCUGUACUUAAGAUGACUGGUUCAGAGAAAGGUUAGAACACUGAGUACACAGCGGCUGCCAAGCAAGAUGUGUUUGGUUGAAGGCCUGGCAACAGGACGACUGCAGUUGAGCACCUGACAAUGAAAAAAAGCCCCGGGAGAGGUCCCACACCCUGGUGGGGGGCCGAGUCAGUCGUUAUGUUCCAAGAAGGUAGCUAAGAAACUUGCCCCCGGGCUGAACCCUUGGGGGGGCCGAGUCAGUCGUUAUGUUUCAGGAAGGUAGCUAGGAAACUUGCCCCCGGGCUAAACCCUUGCCAUAUUAGAAUCCACCAAUUAUAUCCCUGUAACCAUGCAUCUGCUUCUGUAUGCUUGCUUCUGCUCCCCAAAAUCCUAUAAAAGCCCAUCCUUGGUUCCGUGGGGCGCGCCAGUCCCCCGAGUGACUGAAGCGCCCGCAGGUGCCUGUGCCUGUGUAUCCCGACAAUAAACCAAAUCCUCUUGCUGAUUGCA